AAUGAAACAAACUUACACUUUUUGUCACAGUGGUCUGAAAGAAAAGCGAAAGACUCUUAUAAAAAAAUUAAUCAUAGUUUCUCGAGAAAUAAGAGGUUAAAGUAUAAAAACAACAACAUCAUAUGCUGUAAAGAAUUAUUGGUGUAGUUUGUGUAUCAUAGGCAGUACCAUCCCAACUGUAAUGCUAGACGUGAUAAAUGUAUGGUACUGCAAAACACAUUUGAACUUCCGUGAAUAAAGAGAAAUUAAUCUUUUAAAGAAGAAAUGUAUUGGUCUCCUACUUUCCUUAAGCAAUGAUAAAUAUUCUGAUUACAAUAAUUAACUUCCUCAAAUUAAUAUUCUGAGAGGGAAAAAUUUCAUUAGCAUUUAUUUUUCAAAUAGCCUUUAAAAUGAUCUCUAUUUUAAAAAUUUAUUUCUAUUAGUAUUUGAAUUUUCUAUUAAGAUCUAAAUUUUUAAAAAAUCAUUUGUAUCUUCAGGAUGUCACUAAUGAUGUAGAGGAGGAGCAAAGUGAACCUGACAGUGACAUGAUGGUUAUUGAAGAGGAGUCGCAAUGUUUUGCAUAUGGAAACAGUAUCAUAGAAAAGAAAGAAAUACUCAAAUUAAAGUCCUCAAAAGUUUUGCGUGCAGCACACACUGGUCAUGAUUUCCUCCAGACUGAGUUUGCAGUCCUUUAAAAAUGACAAGAAUGUACCAGUGUCAUCAAGAAAGAUUCUAGCGAAAAAAUCAACUGGGACACGAGCUAUUCAGUCUAAAAGCAAGCAAAAUGAUGACAAACAGGAAAUACCACUAGAAUCUCAUCCUCGCCAUCGAACAAGGCCAAGAAAGGUUUUUGAAAAACUGUCUAACGAUAUCACUAAUGAUGUAAAGGAGGAACAAGCUGAAUCUGACGUUGACAUACUGAUCGCUGAGGAAGAGGUAAUUUUCCAUUCUUUAUAUGAAAAGUUUGAAAUAGUUCCCUGUAAGAUCCAGAACUGUGUGGGGUCAUUUUAAGACGAAUCAUUGUAGAUACGUCUUUUUAACUUAUGCAUUCCUGUUUGUAACUCUUAUUUAAAUAUGUGUAUUGUAAACUGUGACACAUUAGUAUUUUAAUUUGUUUAAAAACGUGUUAUGACGUAUAAAAUUUCUCAUUGUGGUCUUUAUAUUUUAUUCUGCAAG